GCAGUCGUCAGCGAAACUGAAAACGAGAAAGAUAAAAGCAAGGAAAAGGAGGCCGAAGCUACCGGCAAGAUUAAAAUUGAUGACAUUAAAGACAAAGAGGUCAAACCCAAGAAGAUCCCGACCGGUGGCAUCCAACUUCCAGGAUUUUUCACGAGAAGCAAGUCUAGAGAAAAGUGCAAGGAUGCAGAUGAAGAGACUGGGGAAGGUACAGAACUCGUUGAGCAAGAGAAGGAGGCACAACCAACAAGGAUAAAGCUUCCUAAUCCAUUCAGAAAAUCAAAACUUGUCAACGAAGAAGAUGAAAAGCCAAAUGAACCCUCAGGAAGUUUCAAAGAAAAAAUAAACAAACUCUGCCUUCCAAUCACGACGGUCCUUCCCUGGCUCAAAAAAGAACCCGAGCAAAACCUCGAAAACCAAACAAAGGCAGGUCUUGCCUCAAUGGAAACUCUCGAUGACAACGAUAAAACCGCAGACGCAAAACCCGACGAAAUGAAAACUAUCCCACUGGACGACAAAGCCGAUGAUAAGGAUAAAGACGUUGAGAAACAAGUCGAGGACGAACCAACAUGGCGGCACAAAAUGAAAGCAUACCGCUACGCACUCAGUGCACUCCUUGGAUUCACGCUGCUCUUUAUAAUCAUUCUCGCGAUCAUCAUCCCCAGCGGUCGUCGUGUAUACGAUGCCCCGAUUCGCGACGGUAUGUACGUUGAGGCAGUCACCAGUUGUGGAUUAGUGGAAGGUAUACUGAACGAUGGCGCAGUCGCGUUCAGAGGUAUUCCGUACGCACGGCCACCGUUAGGCGAUUUACGUUUUAAACCGGCGCAGCCCUUGAACAGCAUCGACUAUUGUUGGAACGGCACGAUGAAAGCUCACAAUGCGACCGAAACGUGCUUGCAGAUA